GGCCUCCAAGCGGCACCUACAGGAAUAAAGCCUUCUGAACAAUCUCCAGCUGGAAGUGUUUACUGUGGUCUGGAAAAGAGAGGAGGAGUGGAUGAAAGGAGGAGGAGUGGAGGAGAGGAAAAAAACAAAACACUCAGCGCUGUUCGCCAUGUUGUGUUCAGCACACACGAGAGAAUCUGAAGGUUUAUUCCAGCGGACACAUAACGUUUAAACACAGAAACGGAGCUGAAAUGAUCAUCUGAUCCGGGAUCUUUCGUUCGGAUUUCACGGAGGAAUAUACAGUUUAUCCGACACUCUGUGUAUUUGAUUUAUUUUAGAUGUUGCUUUUUUCGGAUCUCAGUAGCCUGUGUUUAAUCCCUGAGCUGGAUUUAUAUUUCCGUGUUGUGGAAUGAAGAUGACUGUGAUUAUAUAAAAUCUUCAAAUGCAUUCAAAUCUUUUUUUUUUUUUAAGAAUUAGGAGAUCAUAUCGGGAUGCUUUUGAACUUGAACCAUGAAUUGGAUUUUUCCCCAUGCAUAUGAACUGAGUGAUCGAUACUGAUACCGAUUUUAGUGCAUAAGCUUCAGGGCCCGCUGCUGUCACUUUAUAACACAGUAUGAUUGUAUUAAUCUUUGAUGUUUCAUCUAUGCACACAGAAACACACGCACUGACCUCCACUCUGAGGAUUUGUCAAAUCUCUCAAACACUAAACCUCUCUUACAGACUUGAACAUUGAUCCGGACCUGUUUGCUCACAAAUAAAUGCUUUUGGCAAUAUUAAAACAUUAAUUUUAGAGGGAGUGAGGGAUUAUCAGAUUGGGUGUUGCUGGGAUUUUUUUUUUUUUUUUUAUUGCACUACAAGAAUCUGCAUUGAAAAUGAGGACAGACACCAAACUGGCCUUGGCCAUAUUCCUCGUAUCCUGUUCAUCAGGUGCGAUUCUCGGGCGCUCGGAGACGCAGGAGUGUGCGUUUUACAAUGCCAGCUGGGAGAAGGACGGCACGAACCAGAGCGGCGUGGAAUCAUGUCUCACAGAGAAAGACAAACGACGACACUGUUUCUCCACCUGGAAGAACCGCUCAGGAGCCAUCGAGAUGGUGAAGCAGGGCUGCUGGCUGGACGACGUCAACUGCUACGACAGCGAGUGUGUGGAGCAUAAGGAGGAUCCCGACGUCUUCUUCUGCUGCUGCGAGGGAAACAUGUGCAACGAGAAGUUUCACUACAGUCCAGAGCUGAUUCAGACCACGUCGAGCACCGAUCCUCCGAAGCCGGACGAGUUUCCCACACUGCUCUACUCUCUGAUUCCCGUCAUGGCUGUCGCUGUCAUCCUCUUCCUCUCGUUCUGGAUGUACCGGCAUCUGAAGCCGUCGUACCCGCCGAUGCUCGUGCCAUCACAGGACCCGUGUCUGAUGCCUCCGUCUCCGUUGUUGGGUCAGAAGCCGCUGCAGCUGCUGGAGCUGAAGGCUCGUGGACGCUUCGGCUGCGUCUGGAAAGCUCAGCUGCUCAACGAACACGUGGCUGUCAAAAUCUUCCCGGUGCAGAAUAAACAGUCGUGGCAGAAUGAAUAUGAGAUGUAUAGUUUGAGUGGAAUGAAACAUGAAAAUAUCCUUCACUUCAUCGCGGCAGAAAAAAGAGGGAAUGGAGUCGACAUCGAGCUCUGGCUCAUCACAGCGUAUCAUGAGAAGGGCUCGCUGACAGACUUCCUGAAGGCGAACGUUGUGUCGUGGAAUGAGUUGUGUCUGAUAGCGCAGACGUUUGUGCGCGGUUUGGCGUAUUUACACGAGGACAUUCCCAACCUGAAGGACGGACACAAGCCUGCCGUUGCUCACCGAGAUAUCAAGAGUAAGAAUGUGUUACUGAAGAGUGAUUUAACUGCCUGUAUUGCUGACUUUGGCCUGUCACUGAAGUUUGAAGCAGGGAAAUCUACAGGUGACACACACGGACAGGUGGGGACGCGGCGGUACAUGGCUCCGGAGGUGCUGGAGGGAGCCAUCAGUUUCCAGCGUGAUUCCUUCCUGAGGAUCGACAUGUACGCCGCGGGUCUGGUGCUGUGGGAGCUGGCCUCUCGCUGCACAGCGGCCGACGGGCCUGUGGAUGAGUUCUGUCUGCCGUUUGAGGAGGAGGCCGGUCUUCAUCCGUCUCUGGAGGACAUGCAGGACGUCGUUGUGCACAAGAAACUACGGCCGAUAUUCAGAGAACACUGGCUGAAACAUACGGGUCUGGCGAUGCUCUGUGAGACCGUGGAGGAGUGCUGGGACCACGAGGCCGAGGCGCGUCUGUCUGCGGGGUGUGUGGAGGAGCGCAUCCUCUCAAUGCAGCGCAUCACCAGCCUCAUCGCCCCCGACGACAUCCUCUCCGUCGUCACCAUGGUUACCAACCUGGACUUCCCCCCUAAAGAAUCCAGCCUAUGAUGCUGUUCUCUCGGCCAAUCAGAGCACAGCGUGUGCGAGAGAAAACCGUACUCGAGCUAAAAGAGCGCGGGGAUAAUUCAACGACUCACACUUACACACGGAGGAACUCACCAGAUCAAACACACACGGAUGUCUCCGUCUGCACCAAAACCUCUUUUAUGCAUAAACGAAAGACUUUUGUGUUUUCUAUGAACAGCAGCUCUUAUGAUUUUAGUAUAAAAUAGGGUGAAACUCUGGACUGCGUUUGCCGUUUCUUUUCUUCGAAUCAUUACAGUCUUGCCAAUACGGGACACGGAUUCUUGAGGAAUUAUGCUGAAAUAACCAUGAACCUCCCUAAACAGGUAUACCUCAUCUUGAUUUCUUGUGCUUUUUUCUGAACAGCGGCUACGGAGGCGAGACGAGUCGCUGUAACACGCUUGUGUUUCUGCCUUUAGCUUCUCUGCUUCAUCUCAUGGCAGCCUUCACUGCUCUUUCUGAAGGGGUCGUAUCAUGAGGAGUCAACGCUCGCUCCACUGAAUCACAGAAACCAGGGGCCAAUAUUAACUCUGCCAAUGGUGGAGGAUUUCGGACAGUUUACCGCUCAUGCAACUCUAUUUUUGCAACACAGUUUAGUAACACAUAUGCAAAAUGAGCCUCCAUAUUCAUCUAACCGCACCUGAUGCAUUGUGUUUGUUCAUAUUUAUCUUUUAGUGGAUUUAUAUGAGAAAUAAUCCAGCAAUUUGAGUGAUGGAGAGUUCAUUUGACACGUUUCUGAUGUGGUCUAGAUUAACAUCAGUGGAUUAACAUGUUAAAAUCUGUUUCAUGUUGAGAAACUAGUGCCACUGAGCCACGAUGUCAAACUAUGGAAGCUUAAAAAAAAUGUACAAGGUAAUAGCAACUUUUUAUCUCAUGAUACAGAUUCACUUUUUUUAAAUCCUGAGUUUAUAUCUUGCAAUUCAGACUGUUUAUUUUGAUAUUCACAUUUUGCAUGAUAAAAACUGAGAAUUGUGAAUUUUUCUUGCAGUUCAGA